UCUGGAACGGCCUCAGUCAAAAUGUUCUCAGAGCAGCAUCCAGCAGAAAAUAUGCCUCAGAAGCAAUUAAAGGCGCUGUUAUUGGAAUUGAUUUGGGUACAACCAACUCCUGCGUGGCAGUUAUGGAAGGAAAGCAAGCGAAAGUGCUGGAAAACUCGGAAGGUGCCAGGACAACCCCUUCAGUGGUGGCGUUCACAGCCGACGGCGAGCGCUUGGUGGGCAUGCCAGCCAAGCGGCAGGCGGUGACCAACCCCCACAACACCUUCUACGCCACCAAGCGUCUCAUCGGGCGGCGCUUUGAUGACUCGGAAGUGAAGAAGGACAUUAAGAACGUUCCGUUUAAAAUUGUCCGUGCCUCCAAUGGUGAUGCCUGGGUAGAGGCUCAUGGGAAGCUCUAUUCUCCAAGCCAGAUCGGUGCCUUUGUGCUGAUGAAGAUGAAGGAAACUGCAGAAAAUUACCUGGGACAUUCAGCAAAGAAUGCUGUGAUCACAGUUCCUGCUUACUUCAAUGAUUCUCAGAGACAGGCUACAAAAGAUGCUGGGCAGAUCGCUGGCUUGAAUGUUUUGAGGGUGAUUAAUGAACCAACAGCAGCUGCACUUGCCUAUGGUCUGGACAAGUCUGAAGACAAAGUCAUUGCAGUCUACGAUUUGGGUGGCGGCACUUUUGAUAUUUCCAUUUUGGAAAUCCAGAAGGGAGUCUUUGAGGUGAAGUCCACCAACGGUGACACUUUCUUGGGUGGAGAAGAUUUUGACCAGGCUUUGCUACAGUAUAUUGUUAAAGAGUUCAAGCGAGAGAUGGGUGUUGACCUGACUAAAGACAACAUGGCCCUUCAGAGGGUGAGAGAAGCAUCGGAGAAGGCCAAGUGUGAGCUUUCGUCAUCUGUGCAGACGGAUAUUAACCUGCCGUACCUUACAAUGGAUGCCUCUGGACCAAAGCACUUGAACAUGAAGCUGAGUCGCUCGCAGUUCGAGGGCAUCGUGGCUGAUCUGAUCAAAAGGACGGUAGCGCCGUGCCAGAAAGCCAUGCAGGAUGCCGAAGUCAGCAAGAGUGACAUUGGUGAAGUCAUCCUCGUCGGUGGCAUGACCAGAAUGCCAAAGGUGCAGCAGACUGUGCAGGAUUUGUUUGGCCGUGCUCCUAGCAAAGCGGUGAAUCCUGACGAAGCCGUCGCCAUUGGCGCAGCUAUUCAAGGUGGCGUGUUAGCUGGGGACGUUACUGAUGUGCUGCUGCUGGAUGUCACUCCCCUCUCCUUGGGGAUUGAGACGCUGGGAGGUGUCUUCACCAAGCUCAUCAACAGGAAUACUACCAUACCAACUAAGAAGAGCCAGGUGUUUUCCACAGCUGCUGAUGGGCAAACCCAAGUGGAGAUUAAAGUGUGCCAGGGAGAGAGAGAGAUGGCUAGUGACAACAAACUUCUUGGCCAGUUCACAUUGGUUGGGAUUCCCCCAGCGCCCCGUGGAGUGCCCCAGAUUGAGGUCACUUUUGACAUCGAUGCGAACGGUAUCGUUCAUGUGUCAGCCAAGGAUAAAGGCACCGGACGCGAACAGCAAAUUGUUAUCCAGUCUUCUGGCGGCCUUAGCAAAGAUGAAAUUGAGAACAUGGUGAAGAACGCAGAGAAAUACGCAGAGGAGGACAGGCGAAGAAAGGAACGUGUGGAAGCUGUAAACAUGGCCGAAGGCAUCAUCCAUGAUACAGAGUCUAAGAUGGAGGAGUUCAAGGAUCAGCUGCCAGCAGAUGAGUGCAACAAAUUAAAGGAAGAAAUUGCUAAAAUGAGGGAACUUCUGGCUCGUAAAGAUACUGAAACGGGUGAAAACAUCAGGCAGGCAGCGACCAGCCUGCAGCAGGCUUCCCUGAAACUCUUUGAAAUGGCAUACAAGAAGAUGGCCUCUGAACGAGAGGGUUCUGGAAGCCCAGGGGAUCAGAAGGAGGAGAAGCAAUAAGAAGUCUCUGUCUUGCCUUGACUAGAGUAUGAAGAAGAGGUCGAUUUUUUUCUUGACGCUUGGGAGAGAAGGGACCUUCCUGAGCAGCAAUGGGCAGAAUUCAGACUUACUGUGUUUUUGCAGUAUUCUAUAUAUAAAAUUCUUUAAUGUAUAAACUUAGUGAUGUGUCUGCUAGAUAAAUUGUCACUUGAUGAAAGUUAAUUCAUGCCAGACGAAGGUUUAAGUGUUCGUCCCCGUGGUAUUCAACUGAGGCACCUGGGGACUCGCUGAUCAUUUAUUUCUGAUACUUGACACAAUGGCGUACUAAAUCUGAUCUCCAAGUUUGGAAACCAUGUCACUAAAUGGAAGGGUGGAGAUGGAAGUCCUGCUGGAACUGGGAGGAGAGUAAGACCUGUGUGGACCCUCCUUGUGGAUCUGAGUGCUUGUGAGCAGGUAAUGAGGCCUGUGAGCAGCAGUGGUAAGGCUGGUUGCAUUGCUGGAGAACAUUCGGAUCUGCAGCUAGGUUAGUACCCGUGUUCUGAAGGAGAAGGGUUACUUCAAAUUUAGCUGUAACAUUAUUUCUUACGAGAGAGGCUAUGUGGAAGUUAAAUACUUUGCUUGUCUGAGCCUUCUGCUCCAUCAUGUGUCUAUUCUCUGCUUAUGGUAAAACAAUUUCCUUGAAAAUAAAACUGUUAUUGGA